AUGGGCCAAGAUAUCCACGGAGACCGGAACGCUGUAGCUCCAGGGAAUUCUGGCGUUGGCUCGGGCCUGAAAAGUUUCAGCGAAGGUGAACGUAUGGACUUGGAAGGCGCUCGAUCGUCCAUUCUAUGGCAUUUUGAAUCCCUGCUGCUCUAUCCGUCGGUAAAGUCGCCUCAGGAAGACCUGCUAGUCAGCCUCUCAGGCUCCAGUGACCCGCUGAAAGAAGAGCUUGAAGAUACGCUCGCCGCUAUAGCCCAUGUGAACGCUGCAGACGUCCAUAGAGGAGUUCUGGCCCUUGAUGGGCUCCUGGGAGGAUCGGUCUUUCUGCCGGAAGAAGGAUCCCUCAAGGCAUCUAGAGGUGCGAAAGGUGAUGCAACACAAGGGGGGAAUGAAUGGCUAUUCAGGCACUUUACGGAAAAGAUAACCAAACACAUCUCCAAAGACUUGGACGGCUUAGAGGAACUUCACGUUCUGAGUGCUCUUGUGCUUUGUCUGAACAUUUUUGCGAGGGUCAACUGGCUUGGGCCGCCGCUCUCUGUUUGUCUAGAAGCCGACAAGUGUCUCUCUGAAAAGUAUGCAAGAGUUGCAAAGGAUGAGGAAAUUGAUCCAGACAAGUUGGAUACACUAGAGCCAAACACUAGCAUUUCGGCCUAUGGACUAGACCUUCUCUCGAAGGAAUUUGCCGAAAGGUGCAUUCUGGGUUCACCUGAUUUGAAACUUACAAAUCUGCCGGAUGAUCACCCUCUCAAGGGUCUCAUAAAGGCUGUGAUUGACGAUUUGGCCAUAGAUGGUGAAGUGGUAUACUCCGGUGUGCACGGGGCAACGUAUUUUUACACGGCCGUAAUCCUGCUCUCUACACUAGCAAGGGAAGGGAAAAGGCUGAAAUCACUGGGAAUAUGGCGUUCCAGAAUCGCAUUUGUAUGGCAGAAGAUUAUUGAAGACUCUGUUCAUAAUCCAUGUCCAACGUUGUUUAAUGCCUCGGUACUUGGCCUUGUCGAGGCUUUAAAGAGGUCAAAGGUUAUAAAUGAAGAUUUUACCAUAAACACCUGCGACGCUAUCAUUGGCGAAAAUGUGCAGAGUGACGUUUUACAAAAAAAGGAAAAUAUGGAUGGACUUGCUCCAUUGAUAAUAUCAGAAAAUGUAGUUUUAAAAUGCAGUGUUACUCCAAAUGUAGCACCUCAUCUUCUCUUGGAAUUAGUACAAAGGCUACCAUUUUAUAAUCUGAGUAGACUUCAUGAUAAAAUCUCUAAUUUAAUAUCCAAAAUUACCGGAUUCGAAUUUGAAUUUACCGGAGAGCUAGGGAUUAGACGCAAAUACCAACAACGUCAAUUACCUCAGCUAAUUGUAAAGACGAGCAGUGGAGCUAAAAAUGUUCCCUCAGAACACUCUUUACAAGAUGUUGCACCAAGUAACAUCCAACUGAACUCGCUUUAUGACGAUAAUGAUAUACUAGAAGCACCAAAGUUGGAAAAUGAACAGGUGCAGACCCUUUCGCCAUUUGAACAGGUCUUUCUUCUCUCAAACGGAUUCAAUAGGUUCCUUACCAUACCAGAAGGAGAUGAACUUGCUCUUCAAUAUAUAGGUGCAAUUGUUACAAAGUGUCUAUCCAGCUCAGACAGCAAGUGGUUGAUCACCUCCUUGGCCUUGUGGCUUCGCUGCAAAACGGAGUAUAAUCGCAAUAAAACUGUAGAAAGAGCAACGUUUCAACUUCAUUCUCUCUCUGAAAAUUAUCUAGAGCCAUCUCCUGCUACAGGAUCUCGAUUGGAAUAUUUUUGGCUCACAAACUAUCCAUCGUGUUGGGACAUUAAAAGGGAAAUUGCCAGGAGAAUGUGUAAUAUUGGCUCAUUUUUGACAGCAUUUGAAAUUUAUAAACAGCUGCAUAUGUGGGAAGAUGCUAUUCAAUGUCUAAUUAUCGCCGAUCGCAAAGAGGAUGCCAAGAGGUUGGUGAAGGAACAGUUGGAGCAAAAUCCAACUCCACAGCUCUACUGCUUCUUGGGAGAUGUGGAAAGGAAUAUGAAGCAUUACGAAACCGCAUGGAAGAUUUCUGGAAAUAGAUGUGCAAGGGCUCAGAGAUCUCUUGGGGUGAUGCAUUUUCAAUCUGGAGACCAUCAGUCGGCCAUUAAAUCUCUAGAACUUGCUCUUGCUAUUAAUCCAAUGAGGGAAUCCAGUCAGUUUCUAUUGGGAUGUUGCUUUCUAAAGACUGAAAAUCUUCAGGGAGCCAUAAAUGCCUUUUCUCGCGUCGUAGCUCUGAAUCCAGAAUCAUCAGAUGCAUGGGCAAACAUGUCCACUGCUCACAUGAAUUUGAAGAGCAUGACAAGUGCAAGGCUCUGUAUAGACCAAGCGAUAAAGCAUAAUCCGACAAAGUGGCAACUCUGGGACAUUUUACUGCGCAUUUCAGUUUCGUCUAGGGAAGUCCAAUCUGUCUGCAACUGUAUAACAAAGUUGCUAGAUUUAGGAAAGAAAUCGAUAAUCGAGCCUUGGAUGGUUGCAUUUUUGGUGGAGUAUGACCAAAAAGUCCAACGAGACUCCACAAAAAGGUCAAUUGAAGCAACUCUGAAGCACGUAACUACAGAAAUUACAGAUUCUGGAGAAAUUUGGGAAAUUUAUUGCAAAUAUCUCAGCUUCAACAAGAACUAUGAGACCGCCUUGGAAGUCACAUUUAAGGAAUACAGAAGUAUUGAGAGUGAAAUUGUAUCAAAGUUGGCAGUUAAAAAGAAUGAUGCAGAAUCUCAACGGGAACAUGAUGUAUCUCAGUUGAAAAGGUUGACAAACUGUCUAGGGUCAAUGGUUACGCUCUUGAAACGAGCCUCUUUAGAAACUAGAAGGAAAAAGAGGGGAGAUGUGAUUUCAACGCUGGAAGCCAUCAAAGCUAGAGUUGAUGCAAGAACUCCAGAAGUUCACCAAGAGUUUCUAAAGGAAAUUAAUGCCCUCAUUGAAACUGCAGAAGUGGAAGAUGUUAUUUGUGUCUAUGAGGAUGAAGUCGUGAAUGGAGCCACUUGA